CUUCAAGCCGCCAUGAAUUCAGAAUUUCCGGCUCUCAAAAAUGACCUUCUGCUCCGAGCAGCUCGAGGUGAAGUCACUUCUCGCGCACCGGUUUGGAUCAUGAGGCAGGCAGGACGGUAUCUUCCAGAGUUUCGAAAAGUGCGCGAAAACCACGAAUUCUUCGAAAUCUGCCGCAACCCUAGUCUGGCAACAGAGAUCACCGUCCAACCCAUUCAACGAUACACGGGUCUCAUCGAUGCCUCCAUCAUUUUCAGCGAUAUUCUUGUUAUCCCGCAGGCAUUGGGAAUGGAAGUCCUAAUGAACCCAGGUCCACAUUUUCCUGAACCGCUUGUCACCCCAGAGGAUAUUAAGAAGCUGAAGCAGGUUGUCGAUGUGAAUGUCGAGUUGAAAUAUGUUUUUGAGGCUAUAACCAAGACACGGUUGGAGCUCAAUGGUGAGGUUCCCCUGAUCGGAUUCUGUGGCGCGCCCUGGACGUUGUUUGCGUACAUGAUCGAGGGCGGCGGGAGCAAAACCUUCCAAAAGGCCAAGACGUGGAUAUUCAAGUAUCCGGAGGAAUCAAAAGCGCUUCUCAUGCGUAUUGCCAAUGUAUGCGUCGAUUUUCUGGUUGGCCAAGUAAAGGCUGGAGCGCAGAUGCUUCAAGUCUUUGAUUCCUGGGCAGGGGAACUGUCACCGCACGACUUCCAGUUGUUCUCCUUUCCUACUCUUCGUCAUAUUUCUCAGGAAGUGCGCAAACAUUUGAUCGAAGAGAAAAUUACGCCAGUUCCCAUGACUUUAUUUGCCAAAGGCGCAAACCAUGCAAUAGCCUUCCUCGCUGAACAAUCUGGAUACAAUGUCCUCGGGCUUGACUGGUGUGUCGAUCCCACAGAGGCACGCCGGCUUGUAGGCACCAAAGUUGCUCUGCAAGGCAACAUGGACCCGAACGUGCUCUAUGCUGGCAAACCAGCAAUCGAGAGUGCUGUCAAGCGCAUGUGCGAGGGUUUCAGGUCUGCCAAAGGAGGUUGGAUUGCGAACUUGGGACACGGCAUUACACCUGGAGUUGAUCCCGAAGAUGUUCGGUGGUUCUUUGAAUGCGUGCAUAAAUACUCAGCAUAGACGAGGCAGCAGUCCGCAGCUUUCUAACAAUAGAUAAAGAUUUCUUACAGAGAGCGCCCUAAUCCUAAGAUCUCCUUUUCACGGCCUAGCAUAUACAAAUCAGUAACUUGUAUAGAUAAGCCUUUAGAAAGC